UUUGUUUUCCUGCUUCUUCUUCCCCUCUCCCUCUCUCUCCUCUGAGUAGAUCUCUCUCUUCCUCUAUUUCUGCUUCUCUGCUGCGGCGAGAGGAACCCUAGGGGAAGGCUUAAGCUCUUCGGCUGAGCCGUCAAUUCUGCGGAACCCCUGAAGAUGCCACCUUGAGCUUCCAUCCGCCCUCCGCGGCGCUGGCGCCUGGAUCUGGACCGCCGGGAGUCGGAUCUUUGAUUUUACCCUCCGACAGUCGGAGAUCUCGGUUUCAGCACGUUACUGGUGCUGACGGAGGCGAGGAUGUAUAAAAACCAGCUGCAGGAGCUGGCACAGCGGAGCUGCUUCAACCUGCCGUCAUAUACGUGCAUACGGGAGGGGCCGGAUCACGCGCCGAGGUUCAAGGCGACCGUGAACUUUAAUGGGGAAGUGUUCGAGAGUCCGAGCUUCUGCUUAACGCUGCGGCAGGCGGAGCACUCGGCGGCGGAAGUGGCGCUCAACGCGCUCUCCCAGCGUGGACCCUCCCAUUCCCUAGCCGCCCGGAUCUUGGAUGAGACGGGGGUUUAUAAGAACCUUCUACAGGAAAUUGCCCAGAGAGUUGGUGCACCUUUGCCUUCAUAUACAACAGUCCGGUCAGGUCUUGGACAUCUACCUGUUUUUACAUGCUCGGUGGAACUUGCUGGAAUCAUAUUUACAGGUGAACCGGCUAAGAAUAAGAAGCAAGCAGAGAAAAAUGCUGCUUUAGCAGCAUGGUCAUCAUUGAAACAAUUGGCUAAGGAGACUGCAAGCUCAUCAAAUGAACAGCCGAACAGCGAUGAGCAGGAGCAGAUAACCAUUGCCAGAGCUCUUCUUCAAUACCGCCUGAAGGAAAAGAUAGCCAUGGCCAAUAACCCUAAUGCAACUCCUUUUCCAAAGAAGUUUCCAAUACAACCUGACAAAAGACCCUCUUCCCUGCAACAACCUCCAUAUGUUUCGAAGAUCCUACCUCUCAUCCGUCAGAAACCUACUACAAGAGUCCGCGCAACAUCCCCUGGAAUAAAAGAUGCAACUCGUACGUCAACCUACCAGCAGGGAGAGUAUCAUAGUUUCAGGCCUCCGCACUUCCCAGUUCAUGGAGCAGCACCAUAUUUUCCAGUGGGGCACUUCAAUAGGUCUUGCCAUGGCAUGGCACCCCCUGUGACAAUUAGGACGGCGGUGCCAGUCUUCUCAGCCCCACCGCUUCAACCACCAGCACCACAGGUGUGCCCACCUCCUCCUGGUAUUGGUCACACGCAAAUCCGCCUGGCCUCCCCUGUUCGCAUUCGACAGGCUGUGCCAGUCUUUGCUGCUUCACCGCCAGUCCCAACUGCAACUAUUGUGAUCUCAUCUCAGGCAAAGGAAGGAACCCCAGUUGUAGCAUCCUCUCCUUUAGUCAAGGAGCUUGUAUCAGUUAAUCCAUCAAGUAUUCCUGUUCAGAUAAAAGACACAGUGGUGGUUGUAGCAUCAAUCACAUCGAAGAAGGAACUGUCACCAGUUACUGCACCUGAUGAUAUUCCAGUUCUUAUAAAGGAACCCUUGCUCUCAGUUCAGAUGCAGGAACCUUCAGUCAUACCCAUGGCCUGCCCUCCAAAGAGUUCCAUCCCAACCAAAGACACUCUGGAUGCUUGCGACGCAAAGGACUUGGCAGAGUCUGAAUCUACUGCAAUGGAGAGCCUGAGACGACUAGAGAUAUGAAGCACCAAGAAUCACUUGGCACCCAUGCCUUUCUUGCUUCUGAGUUUGUUAAUUCGCUUUGUUUAUCACUUUAGGGUGUUAGGCUACACUCUACUAGGAUGUUAGCAAGUAGAUGCAAUCUCAAACUUUAGGCCAAUUCGCACGACAAGAAGGUUCCCAGCAAGUAUGUUCUCUGUACAACGAGUUUACUUAUGUUUUGUCUAAUGUUGAUAAUUGCCUUCA